UCGCCGACUCGUUGAGAAACAAAGAGAGAGAGAGACAUCUUCGGAGAGAAUCUAUUCAUCUUCUUCUUCCUUUUUUAUACUCUCCAUUUUCAUUUCUUCUCUGAUUCGAGAGAAGAGUCACCACAUCCACCACCACAAGUCAUGGCCAUGGUCAAAGACAAAGACCAACACCAUAAUAAUAAAGACAAGAAGCUCCUCGUCGGGGUUAUAUGGAACUUCUCCGCCGAGCUCAAGCUCACUUUCAUGGCGUUACUUGUUCUCUGCACUUUAGCCACUCUCUUACCUUUCAUGCCUUCUUCUUUCUCCCUCUCCACUUCCGAUUUCCGCUUCUGCAUCUCACGUUUCGCCUCCGCCGUCCCCCCACUCAACACCACCACCACCGUAGAAGAAUCAUCCUCCUCCUCCUCUUCCUCAUCACCGACGACGGAGGAGAAGGUAGAUCGAGUUCUGGAUAACGGAGUUAUUAAACGGACGUUUACUGGCUACGGCUCAGCAGCUUAUAACUUCGUCUCGAUGAGCGCUUACAGAGGCGGCGUUAACUCGUUCGCCGUCAUCGGACUAUCAUCGAAACCCUUACACGUGUACGGUCAUCCUUCUUACAGAUGCGAAUGGGUCUCGUCCGACCCGACUCAAGAUCCGAUUUCGACUACCGGGUCUAAAAUCCUAACCGACUGGGGUUACGGACGGAUCUACACAACAGUCGUCGUUAACUGCACAUUCUCAUCACUCUCCGCCGUGAAUCCGCAAAACUCCGGCGGUAAUCUCAUCCUCCACGCCACCACCGGAGAUCCAAGUCUCAACCUCACCGACUCAAUCCCAGUCCUAACCGAAUCCCCAAACUCCGUCGAUUUCGAUCUCUACAACUCCACCACGAAGAAGAAGAAGAAGUACGACUACCUCUACUGCGGCUCGUCACUCUACGGCAACCUGAGUCCGCAGCGAGUUAGAGAAUGGAUCGCUUACCACGUCAGAUUCUUCGGUGGACGGUCACAUUUCGUGCUUCACGACGCCGGAGGGAUCCACGAGGAAGUGUUGGAGGUUCUAAAGCCGUGGAUUGAGCUAGGGAGAGUGACGUUACAUGAUAUCAGAGAUCAAGAACGGUUCGAUGGGUAUUACCAUAACCAGUUCAUGGUUGUGAAUGAUUGUUUACAUAGGUAUAGAUUCAUGGCUAAGUGGAUGUUCUUCUUCGAUGUCGAUGAGUUCGUUUACGUCCCGGCGAAAGAGACGAUCUCGUCGGUUAUGGAAUCUUUGGAGGGAUAUUCUCAGUUUACUAUUGAACAGAUGCCUAUGAGUAGUCGGAUUUGUUAUUCCGGUGAUGGUCCGGCUAGAACUUACAGGAAAUGGGGAAUUGAGAAACUGGCAUAUAGAGACGUCAAGAAGGUUCCAAGACGGGACAGGAAAUACGCGGUCCAGCCGGAGAAUGUAUUCGCGACAGGCGUACACAUGUCUCAGAAUCUACAAGGAAGAACAUACCACAAGGCCGAGAGCAAAAUCCGUUACUUCCAUUACCACGGUUCCAUCUCUCAGCGCCGCGAGCCUUGCCGUUACCUUUUCAACGAUUCUAAACUCGUUUUCGAGAACACUCCUUACGUCCUCGACACUACAAUCCGCGACGUUGGCCUCGCCGUGAAAACAUUCGAGUUGAGAACGAUCGGUAACAGGCUUCUACGGACACGGCAAUGAAGAAGAGAUGAUUAAAAAAGUGAAGAAUUAGUGAAUGUCAUCUUUAGAAAGAAUUAGAGAAAAAGUUGUCAAGAUGGUUACAUUAUUGUUUUCUUUUUUGGGGGGUAUAUUCUUUUAUUGUAUCAUAGUUUGGGUAAUGCGUUCAUAAAUACAGCUUAAAAAACUCUUGGUAUAUAGAAAAGGUUUAUUUGAGUUUUACAAUUACAGAGAUUAAUAAUAACCGUCCCCAUAA